CCAACACCAGUGACCAGACAACCACCACUCGGCACUCCGCUACCAGCAACAGGCCUCUAGAAAGCAAUCAAUUGAACCAAGAAAUACUUGGUCUCUCCGGAGAAACUCUGCAUUUACUCAUACAACAAUGGCUUCCCGCUUACUCUCCCCGGCGAUGCGCGCCGUCUGCUCACCUUCCGCACCUCUCCGGGCAACACGGAGCUUCCAAACCUCCUCACGACGACUCGCAGACGCCGCACCUUUACCAGCCCGAAAGCCCGUUGGAGCCUUCAGAGGAGGAAUACUCGGUUUCUUUCUGGGCAGCACCCUCGCGGGAGCGGGUGUCUACUAUUAUAUUCUCGAGGAGUACAGGGUUUCGAAUGAGCUCUUGACCGAAGAUAUCUACAGCCUACAAGCAUCCGUGCAGCGCGUCCACACAUACGUCCAGUCAUUGGAGGAGAAAGUGUCUGAGUUGGAGAGAAAGAAAUAAUGAAUGAUGAGGAUAUGAGGCAGUUGAA